ACUCAUACAAGUAAGUUUCCGCUAUCAUUGUCUAAAUUCUCAAAACUAUAAGGUAAUCAGUAUCAAGCACCUUCUUCUCAUUUACUUCAAAAUUUCAUCUCAUUCAAAAUCAAUUUCUUAUUACAAAAUCCGAUACAAACUUCCAUUCAUUGCUUCUGAUGGGACUGAAGAAUCUGAGAUGAUUGCAUUUGCUACUGUUGCUCAUCGUAUUGUUGGUAAACCAGUUGAAGCUGUGAUGAGAUCUUAUAGAAACAGGGAUAACAUUCCCGCUGAUAUUGCAGCUAUAGUCUCGUCCAAAUUCACCUUUUCUGUUACCAUGGCCGAAGCUAGCUACCGCAACCCUAAGAAAUCAUACCAGGUCAAUAGUAUAAUUCAUAGCUAUGGCAAGCAACGUGCCCUUCCAUUCCACCCUCCCAAUCAAAGCCAGCUGGUAACCCAAAAUGCCAACGUCUAUGCCCAAUCAAGUGGAAGUGUCCUUCCAUCAAACACACCUAAGAGCAGUUCUGAAUCACCUAUCCUUGACACACCUACUAAGAUGCUGCCUCUAGAACAGUUUUCUCUUCAGACCCCAGCUAAAACCUCUGAGCUUCCUCCAAAUGCUUCAGAAGAGAACACCAAUACCCUCUCUACAACACCACCUGCAACAAAAUCAUCCAAGAAAAGACUCCACAUGUCCGAAAAAGAUGAUGAAGUGGAUGAAGAAGAGUCACCAUCUGAGACAGCAACACUUAACAGGGAGAAUGAUGAUGAAAAAACUUCUGAUCUACAAAGCUCUUCACAUCCAAAAGCAAUGUCGCCACCAGGGAAGCCCUGCACAACCAAGCUUCCAAAAACUCCCAAAAAAUAA